GUCAUCUUGACAACGGGUGGCUGUUUUGAUGGCAGCCGCGACCACCGCCCGGAGGUUGCCCAUGGGUGUGCGGACUUUUAGCGACUAUCUCCAGGUUGCCGUCGUGGGCUCUCCUCGGUCUUGCCGCCCAGCGGUGCCCCGAAUGUGCACGCGACAAAAUAUCAGACAUUUGUCCUCAUGUGGCAUUUUGAUGACCAGAUCUCCCAAAGUGCUGUGCCUUCACGACUGGGACGCCAUGGCGAGCGUUCCCCAGAGCAGGAACUUCAUCAGCCUCACCAACAAGAGGAAGGAGUACUCCGAACGCAGGAUACUCGGCUACUCCAUGCUGGAGAUGUACGACGUGGUGGCCAAUGUCGAUGACUACAAACUGUUCGUUCCGUGGUGCAAGAAGUCUCAGACCGUGGCCAAGCGGGCGGGCCACUGCAAGGCCCAGCUGGAGGUGGGCUUCCCGCCCGUCGUCGAGCGCUACACGUCCAUGAUCAGCUGUGUGCGGCCUCACCUAGUCAAAGCCGUGUGCACGGACGGAAAGCUGUUCAACCACCUGGAGACCAUUUGGCGUUUCAGUCCGGGCAUUCCCGGCUACCCUCGCACCUGCACUGUUGACUUUUCCAUAUCCUUUGAGUUCCGUUCCCUGCUACACUCGCAGCUGGCCACCAUGUUUUUCGACGAGGUGGUCAAACAGAACGUGGCCGCCUUCGAGCGCCGUGCCUGCAAGCUCUACGGCCCAGAGACUCGUAUCCCGCGAGAGCUUAUGUUCCACGAGGUCCACCAAACGUGAUGUCCGUCCGCAAAACGCCCACCCUGCAUGAAGCUGCUGCUUAAGUCUCCCCGCCCACCUCCCCAUGUUCCCCUGUCUACCUUUCCUGAGGGACAUAGUCCAGCGAGUUCAUGUACAAAACAAGUAUCAAAUACACCAUCAAAGAAUAGGUUUUUAUUUUAAUAGUUUUAUUUUUCUUUUUUUAAAGGCAACCAAUCCCGAGUGGGAUUUUGAAGGGGAGCAAGUCCAAUGUUUCACCGUGACUUUGAAAAACCAACCCCACAUCCUUCACUUUUAAUUCUUUUGACACACUACUCACAAAAAGUUUGGGAUAUUAGCUGAAAUUUCGGGAUGAACCUGAAAUGCUCCAUAAUUAACUUAGUUCAACCUUUUCAUAACUUUUAAAUGUACAUAUCCAAUACUUUAGUCUUUCAGUACAGCAAAUUCAUAUUUCCAUAUUUAUUUUUAUUUCCACGGACAGCCACUUCUAUGCCAUUCGGUGAUUCUUCCAGUCUCCCUUUUGUGACUUCCCGAUGUCACCGUCGACACUCAGUUUAGCUUUUAUGAAUUUUUUAGGUAAAUUUUAGAUUCAUGCUGAAAAUUCCCCCAAUGUCUCAAACGUUUCCGAGUAGUCUGUGUGCUUUGCUACAUUAUUUUGAGCUUGGUGCUAAACACUUUCAUUAAUUUAUGACUUAUGUAUUUUUAUUUUAUUUUUUGAUGGAGGCAGCGCAUAUGAUGUGCCAUGUUUGGGACAAUAAGAGAGUGUGAACAGGUUUGAUUAAAGGGUUCCACCUUUAUAGGUUUUCUUUCUGCACUUUGAAUUGCCUGCUGUCAUGUGUGACAUUUGCAUGCGCGUGCACAGAUUUGGUAGCCCAGCAGUGUUACUUUCACCACAUGCUUUGAGUCUGGUAGCCAGUGCUUUAGCUUUUUUUUUUUUUUUUUUUUUAAA